AUGAGUUUGUAUUUUUACCGUUGUAGCAGCCUUUCUGGCUGUUUCUUUGUUCAGCGUUGUGUUCUGGUUUUUAGCCCCCAAAGAGAAUCGGACGUAUGUGUGAUUAUGAUACUUGGUGUCUUUUUUUACUUCGGCCUGUCGUGGGCGCGAUUUCUUGAUGUUGUCAAUCAAUUACUAACCGGUUUUGUUUACCAGAGUAUGGAGAAGUACUGUCAUUUUAUCUUUAGCCAUGAUGUUCUUAAUGUGGGCAUUCACAUAUCUCGCACAAUUGCAUCCGUUGGUUGCACCUCGGCGUUCUGA